AUGAAAGCAACCCUCAUCCUCUGCCUCAUCGCCCCCCUGGCAGCCGCCCUCCCCACCCAAACGGAAUCCCUCCCCCUAGACCCCGACCUCGCCGCCCGCCGCGCCAACAUCACCGAGCGCACUCCCGACCUCUGGGACCGCCAAGCCCCCCAGAGCAUCGACCAGCUCAUCAAGCGGCGCGGCAAGGUCUACUUCGGCACCGCCACCGACCGCGGCCUCCUCCAGCGCGAAAAGAACGCGGCCAUCAUCCAGUCCAACCUCGGCCAGGUGACGCCCGAGAACAGCAUGAAGUGGCAGUCGCUCGAGAACAACCAGGGCCAGUACAACUGGGGCGACGCGGACUACCUCGUCAGCUUUGCGCAGCAGAACGGCAAGUCGAUACGCGGACACACGCUCAUCUGGCAUUCGCAGCUGCCUGCGUGGGUGAACAACAUCAACAAUGCGGAUACGUUGCGUCAAGUCAUCCGUACGCAUGUUACGACUGUCGUUGGGCGGUACAAGGGCAAGAUUCGUGCUUGGGACGUGGUCAACGAAAUCUUCAACGAGGAUGGAACACUGCGUUCUUCUGUCUUUUCCAGGCUCCUGGGCGAGGAGUUUGUGUCGAUUGCCUUCCGUGCUGCUCGGGAGGCUGACCCUUCUGCCCGCCUCUACAUCAACGACUACAAUCUCGAUCGUGCGAACAUCAGCAAGGUCAACUUGAUGAGAUAUUACGUCGACAAGUGGAUCUCUCAAGGAGUGCCCAUCGACGGCAUUGGAAGCCAAUCCCACCUAAGCCCUGGAGGAGGUGCCGGUACACUGGGUGCGCUUCAGCAGCUCGCCACGGCACCCGUCACCGAGCUGGCCAUUACCGAGCUUGACAUCCAAAACGCACCGACGACUGAUUACACGCAAGUUGUCCAGGCAUGCCUGAGCGUUUCCAAGUGUGUCGGCAUCACUGUUUGGGGCAUCAGUGACAAGGAUUCGUGGCGUGCUAGCACCAACCCUCUCUUGUUCGAUGCCAACUUCAACCCCAAGCCGGCAUACAACAGCAUUGUUAGCAUCUUACAGUAGAUUUUCU